UCGGGUGAACCUGAUGAGGUUCAACACGGCAAAGUGCAAGGUUUUGCAUUUGGGCCGGAAGAACCCCAGGCACCUGUACAGGCUGGGAGGAGCGGUCCUUGAGAGCAGCUCGGCAGAGAAGGACCUGGGGGUCCUGAUGGACGAGAGACUGAACAUGAGCCAGCAGUGUGCUCUGGCAGCUCGAAAGGCAAAUGGGAUCCUGGGCUCCAUCAGGAGAGGGGUGGCCAGCAGGGACAGGGAGGUGAUUGUCCCUCUCUACUCGGCUCUUGUGAGGCCCCAUCUGGAGUACUGUGUCCAGGUGUGGAGCCCUCAGUACAAGAAAGACAUUGAGAUUUUGGAAAGGGUCCAGAGGAGGGUGACUAAGAUGAUCAGGGGGCUGGAGCACCUCCCCUAUGAGGACAGGCUGAGGGAGUUGGGCUUGUUCAGCCUGGAGAAGAGAAGGCUGCGGGGUGACCUCAUUGCAGCCUAUCAAUACCUGAAGGGAACCUACACCCAGGAGGGGAGUAAACUCUUCAAAAGGGCUGACAACAGCAGGACUAGGGGAAAUGGUUUUAAGUUGAAGGAGGGAAGAUUUAGGUUAGAUGUUAGGGGGAAGUUCUUUACUAGGAGAGUGGUUAGGCCCUGGAACGGGCUGCCCAGGGAGGUUGUGGAUGCCCCGUCCUUGGACGUGUUCAAGGCCAGGUUGGACGGGGUCCUGGGCAACCUGAUCUGAAUGUGUAUGUUUGGUGGCCCUGCUAGGCAGGGGGGUUGGAACUACAUGAUCCUUGGGGUCCCUUCCAACCCGGGUGAUUCUGUGAUUCUGUGAUUCACUGUUAUUUGUUAUUCUUUUAAUAAUCUACUGCAUUCUUUAAAAUUCCUCAAGGUUGGACCUCGAUGAUCUUCAAGGUCCUUUCCAAACUAAGACAUUCUGUAUGACUGUAAGAUUCAUAUAACUAUUUUUGUAGUUUUUCAAACUUCAGCUAAUUUCCUAGUAGAUAUUUCAGUGAAGUACUAUCUCAUUGUCAUUUCUGCUUUAAUUCCUUCUUGCUUUCCAUCCUUUUUAUCUUCUCGUAUUUGGUUACAUAUAUUCCUACUUUGGUUUCCUUGAGUCUCCCCCCAAAGUUUUUUGUGCUGCUGUAUAUUAAAACAAAAGAUCUGUCUAGGAACUGUCUCAACUAGGGGCCAUCUCUCUCUUGUUUUCAUUUGUCAAUUUAAGUUAAAAGUUUUUCAGCUUUUACAAAGGUGAAUGUUGUUGUUACUUAGGGUAGUCCAGAGUAAUAUACUAAAUAUCCCCCUUUUAUUUCACUAUUUUAUAUUCCAGAAAUUCUGUGAAGAUCCUUUCCAGCCACCAGUCAAAACAUUCAAGUUUUACUUCUUGUAGACUGUGUACUAUGUCAUCUUAAAUCUAAGCUCCUAACAGAUGUCUUUUCUACUUCCACUUGCAAUGGCAGCAGUUCUGGUUCUAGAAAAGCAGUCUUUAAAAACAAACAAACAAAACCACCUUGAGUUACUGUUGUUGCAAACAUGAUUCAGUGAAUUAUGAAGCUCUGCAGGCUGAGAUGAAACUUGGUACUGCUUAUGGUCUCUUGGACUACUUUGUUACAUUGUGUGUGCACUUAAGGUGGAGAUGUUAAAGACCACAUGGCUUAUAAAUAGGGCACAAGAUCAUAUGGAUGAUGUGGCAGAACAUGUUACAUAUUCUAAAAUUGCCAACUGCCAAAAUUUAUUGUCUGUGUCUGAAGGGAGAUAAAAUCACGGCUGUUUUUCCCUACCAUCUUACUUUAUCACUUUACCAUUGUCUUACUGCAGUUAGUUAGAUUAAGCUAUGUUGUUUACAGUGUGAAUGUCAUUUUUUAUGGAUAAAUAGAAUUGAGUGUUAUCUCUCUGUUGCAACUGAUUUUAUGUACCUUAUGAUAGGGAUUCCUGCUGCCAAUUAAGGGACCUUUGCUUUCAGAAGUAUCAACGGGGAAAAAAGUCAGUAAUUCCCAGCAAUCAGAAAAAGUUCAGCUCAUGUUUACAAGGUUUCCCCUAGAAUUAUUCCCGAGGAUUCAGUUAGGAAUGGUGACUCAUCCUAAUAGAAGAGAAUGUACACAGUAUGAUGCUGUGUUCAGUAGAAUGCCUUGAAAAUGCAAAGGGUUAAAAUGGUAGAAAGCAGGAUUAAUUUGGGGGAGGGAAAGGCUUCUUUCCUCUUCCACACCAAAAAGUUUAGAUGUUGUGCAUAAUGUUAAGAUAAAAACUUAUAUAAUGCAGAAGGAAACUGCUUUCUUCCAUUACUAUCACGUCUAAACAAUUCUGGAUACAAUUUUAAUUUGCCAGUGUUGUUGAAGUCCUUGUAAAAGUUGUUUUGAUUUUUGUCUCAUGCUUCCUUGAAGCCCCAAAUGGUAAACAUUUGGACAUAAUGACGCAAACAGUAGGCUAUCAAUCAAUCCCAGUUUUCACAGCAUUGUUGUUCAUUCAGAAAAGCUGUGUGAACUGACCUCUUUCUACAGCAGUGUCAUUAGUUCUUUCAGAAAUAAAAUAAGGAUCAAAAAGACUUCCAGAAUUUUUCUCUUAAGGCUUGCUUCACUGAAUGAUAUUGUAAAAAUUAGUGAUCAACUGCUUUCAAUUAACUCUCAGCUUUUUAAAAUGUAUUUUGUAUGAGAGGCUACACAUUAAUUGUUUUUGUUCUCCCUCAGUUUUCUAAGCAUUGACUUCCAGGAAAUUAGUCAAACUGAAAAUACAAUUUCGAUUAGAUUUGACGUGUGGGUUCUUAAUUUUUAUGCAAGUGACAAUGUAAUAGAGGAGUUAAGUAUAUACAGUAUGAGUGUCCUUUGGUUGAAGUGAAAUAAUAUCAGAGCUCAGAACUAGCUGGACCAUGGGUUGCCUGUGGGAGUUACAAAGCAAGGAGAGGAGCAGCUCAGUAGUGUCCAACUACUCACUGCUUCUUGUGAACUGACUUGGGAAGUUUUUACUCCACGUCUUUAGCUAAUAAGUCUGAUUGUGCCUUUUGCAGGGCUGGCCUUCGCUUUUCAGUUCUUUUGAGGUGGUGUUGUUGAAAUACUUUUCCAGGCCACCUAAAUACAGAAGCAUAACUCGCAGUCUUAGGCAGUUUAAUGGCUGCACUUUUUUCCCAUAUGGAUAUGAUAAUAUUGUAAAGGGCUACAGGCCUUGUAGUGUGCAAACACGCAAAAAGAUGUUUAAAAGCUCAGAAUUUGAUUAUUGUUAAUUGUCACUUCUAGUACAAAUUCCAGUUCACUGCCUUUUCUACUGCAAGACUCAUUUUGUUAAGUCAGAACUAAAAUUUAGGCUACUACUUAACCCAUUCUGCCUUCUUUGUGUCUUUGACUCAAUGGUGUUCUCAGCGUUAGAGGACAUAAUCACAAACACUGUCUCCUAUUUGACUUGAGUCAUCAUUUGUCCGCCAGGCCAUCUGCUUAGAUUAUCCUUCUGUAGCUGAUUUCCUUCUUCCCCCAAAAAUUUCUCAUACCUAUUUGACCCAGUUCCUUAUUUUAAGUUGAAGUGGAAAUAUUUUUUAUUUUUCUGUAUUAAAAUUGCAUGCUUUUUGAUUCAGUAGAACUUUUUGAUCAAAAGGAAUGUAAGUCCAGAGGAUGGCUUGAGAUUACUGAACUAAUAGCUAGUAGUCAUGACCAUGUAAAAUAAAGGUACAAAUAUUCUGAUAGUUAGAAUGUUUGUGCCUUUUUGUUAACCAUCUUCAUUUCUAAGCAAGCUCUUUGUUUGCAGAGAACUUCUCUGUCUAAAAAAAUCUUGCCCUCAAAAAAGUGGAGAUCUCAAGCUGGUUGUGGUUUUUCUGCAUGGAAGUUCUCAGGAAGCAGCAGAGGCUGUGUUAAAGCUUGCUCCAAUUUCACCUCAGUCAACCAUAUGAGGAUUAUGUUCUUGUGAGCCCUCUUCCCCUUUCCAGUCUUUUCCGUUCAGCAACUUUUCUAAUAUCACAAGAAUAGUGUGUUGUUGGGGGGGUUUUUUUGUGACUUAAAAGUGGUUUCUGAGCAUGCACUUGCACACACAUUCAAAAGAGCUGAACGCAGAAAGAGGUGCAGUAAAUAAAGAAAUAAUGCUUUUUCUCAGACAAACCUCUGGAAAUUUGUUAAGCUUCAGCUAAAAUUGUUCUGUCGGCCACCCAAUAAGUUUUAUUAGUAUCAGACUCCAGACUAUUCUCUUUAAAUUUGUCAGAAAGCCAGUGCCUUUAUUCAGGCACAACAAAGUGUGCCUGAAUAGUUUUAUAUGUCUGUUAUUAACAGUAGUAGUACAAAACGGAGAAAGUAAAA